AUGACGACUCCUAAAUCCAACCGUGGAAAAGAAAAAAUGGAAGACACUGGAUUUAGUGGUGUGAAUGGUUCUUGUGAUUAUCUUGUUCAAUCUCCUGAUCAUCAACCUUUGCAAUUAGUUCCAUACCAUGUUGGCUGCUCUUCACACUCUGUUGGCUGCUCUUCGUCCGGAAUCAACCUCGAUCGUCGUCGGGUUGGAAGAAAAAGUUCUUCAAAGCCUAAAGCUUCAAAGAAGAAAAAUGGUUACCAUCAACCUCAAGGAGAGAAGAAACAACGACUCAUUUGGACUCCAGAACUUCAUCAGUGUUUUGUUGACAUUUUUAAUCGUACACCUUCCACAAAACUUUUUCCUAGGACAAUCUUGGAGCAGAUGUCAGGAAAAUACCCCUUUGUCACUAGGGAAAAUAUUGCUAGUCACCUCCAGAAGCACAAAAAGAAUCUCAACAAGAAGGACGAGGAGGAGAAUUCAGCAAAGGCCUCUUCCAAAUCAGUGCCUCUCAAGAUUCCCAAAGAAUCUAAUUCCCAAUCAAUUAACCCUAAAACUUCCAAUUCCAACUCCACAUUUCCUAAUUCUCAGCUUAUUCUCCAAAGCUAUCCCAAUUCCACAAACCCUAUUUCUUCCCAAGUUCUUCUCCAUAGCCAUCCCAAUUCCGCAAUCCCUAGCUUUGAUGAUAAGACGUGGGUCCAGAAUUCACAAGGUUGUGGGUUCUCGCGGGAGCAGUUUGAGCAAUUUGCGCUUGAGCAGAUUGCGCUUGAGCAGUUAUACGGUUGCUUAAAAAGAUCAAUAAACCAUCAGGUGGAUUACCAGCAGCAGCAACAUUCAUUCAACAAUAAUGUUUGUGAAAGCCAAGAAAACCCUAAUUGGGCACUACAAAUAGGGCAAUCAUCAACUGCACCUAUUAGUGAUCUUGCUGUUAGUACCAACCUAUGCCCUCCUCCAAUUUCAGCCAAUCAAAUCUCUGGGAACGACGGUAAUGGUAUUGGGUUUCAUCCGAUCAUGGAUUUUAACUCUUUUGGAGGUUGGAAUAAUACUAAUAAUGAUCCCUUUCUUGAUACUGAUCUCCCAAACUUUGCUUUUGGAAACUGUUAUGACAAUCCUGAGCCUUUGGAUUUUCGCUAUCCUCUCAACCUUAAUACCAUCAAUGGUUUUCAGACGGACUCUGAACAAAUGUACUACCCAUCCAUUAAUCCUAUGGAGAAUGAUUUCACAUUCCAACAAUGUUUUGAUGGCUACAAUCAUCCUAAUGUAGUGCCACAAACUUUUGGAUUGGGGUAUAAUGAGGUGCAUGCUAAGAAUAAUGUUGAGUUGAGAAAUUUGGAUGCACUUGCUGAUAAUGAUCUCCAGAUAUUCAACGGGCUGAACAACGAUCAAAUUUCACAAGGAAAUGAAUGUUUUCCCGGCCCUAAAGGGUCAGUUACAUAA